AAAAACUCAUGAAGAGGUUUUACUCUAGGGAAAGUUGUUCAGUGGAUGGGAUCUUGGUGCAUAGGGAAAGAUGUCAGGCUCUUUCUGGCUCCUUCUCAGCUUUGCUGCUUUAACUGCUGCUCAAUCCACCACUGAAGAACUGGCCAAGACAUUUUUGGAGAAGUUUAACCAUGAAGCCGAAGAGCUGUCUUAUCAAAGUUCACUUGCUUCCUGGAAUUAUAACACCAAUAUCACAGACGAGAAUGUCCAAAAAAUGAAUGAGGCCGGGGCCAAAUGGUCUGCCUUUUAUGAAGAACAGUCCAAGCUUGCCAAAACUUACCCGCUAGCAGAAAUUCACAAUACCACCGUCAAACGUCAAUUGCAGGCCCUUCAGCAGAGUGGGUCAUCAGUGCUCUCAGCAGACAAGAGCCAACGAUUGAACACAAUCUUAAAUGCAAUGAGCACGAUCUACAGUACUGGAAAAGCUUGUAACCCAAAUAAUCCACAGGAGUGCUUAUUACUUGAACCAGGCUUGGAUGACAUAAUGGAAAACAGCAAAGACUACAAUGAGAGGCUCUGGGCUUGGGAAGGCUGGAGGGCUGAGGUCGGCAAGCAGCUGAGGCCAUUAUAUGAAGAGUAUGUGGCCCUGAAAAAUGAGAUGGCAAGAGCAAACAAUUAUGAGGACUAUGGAGAUUAUUGGAGAGGAGAUUAUGAAGAGGAGUGGACAGAUGGCUAUAACUAUAGCCGCAGCCAGUUGAUUAAAGAUGUGGAACAUACCUUCACACAGAUUAAGCCACUGUACCAACAUCUUCAUGCUUACGUGAGGGCAAAGUUGAUGGAUACCUACCCUUCCCGUAUCAGCCCAACUGGAUGCCUCCCUGCCCAUUUGCUUGGCGAUAUGUGGGGUCGAUUUUGGACAAAUCUGUACCCUUUGACAGUCCCCUUUGGACAGAAACCAAACAUAGAUGUUACUGAUGCAAUGGUGAACCAGAGCUGGGAUGCAAGGAGGAUAUUCAAGGAAGCUGAGAAAUUCUUUGUGUCUGUUGGCCUUCCCAACAUGACUCAAGGAUUCUGGGAAAACUCCAUGCUAACCGAGCCAGGCGACAGCCAGAAAGUGGUCUGCCACCCCACAGCUUGGGACCUAGGGAAGGGUGACUUCAGGAUCAAGAUGUGCACAAAGGUGACGAUGGAUGACUUCCUGACGGCCCAUCACGAGAUGGGACACAUCCAGUAUGACAUGGCAUAUGCCGUGCAACCCUUCCUGCUAAGAAAUGGAGCUAAUGAGGGGUUCCACGAAGCUGUCGGGGAGAUCAUGUCACUUUCUGCGGCUACACCCAACCAUCUGAAAACCAUUGGUCUUCUGUCACCUGGUUUUUCUGAAGACAGUGAAACAGAAAUAAACUUCCUACUCAAACAAGCACUUACAAUUGUUGGAACGCUACCAUUUACUUAUAUGUUAGAAAAGUGGAGGUGGAUGGUCUUUAAGGGUGAAAUUCCCAAGGAGCAGUGGAUGCAAAAGUGGUGGGAGAUGAAGCGAGAGAUAGUCGGGGUGGUGGAGCCUGUGCCCCAUGAUGAAACAUACUGUGACCCUGCAUCUCUGUUCCAUGUUGCUAAUGAUUACUCAUUCAUCAGAUACUACACAAGGACCAUUUAUCAAUUCCAGUUUCAAGAAGCCCUUUGUCGAAUAGCUAAACAUGAAGGUCCCCUGCACAAAUGUGAUAUCUCAAAUUCCAUUGAAGCCGGGAAGAAGCUGCUCCAAAUGCUGACCCUUGGAAAAUCAAAGCCCUGGACCUUAGCAUUGGAACAUGUUGUAGGAGAAAAGAAUAUGAAUGUAACACCACUGCUUAAGUACUUUGAGCCCUUGUUUACCUGGCUGAAAGAGCAGAACAGGAAUUCUUUUGUGGGAUGGAACACUGACUGGCGUCCAUAUGCUGACCAAAGCAUUAAAGUGAGGAUAAGCCUAAAAUCAGCUCUUGGAGACGAAGCAUAUGAAUGGAAUGACAAUGAAAUGUACUUGUUCCGGUCAUCUGUUGCAUACGCCAUGAGAGAAUAUUUUUCCAAAGUCAAAAACCAGAUGAUUCCUUUUGUGGAGGAUAACGUGUGGGUGAGCAAUUUGAAACCAAGGAUCUCCUUCAACUUCUUUGUCACUGCAUCGAAAAAUGUGUCUGACGUCAUUCCUAGAAGUGAAGUCGAAGAGGCCAUCAGGAUGUCCCGGAGCCGUAUCAAUGAUGCUUUCCGCCUGGAUGACAACAGCCUGGAGUUUCUGGGUAUUCAGCCAACUCUGUCACCCCCUUACCAGCCACCUGUCACCAUAUGGCUGAUUGUUUUUGGGGUCGUGAUGGGUGUGGUAGUGGUUGGUAUUGUCCUGCUCAUCGUCUCCGGGAUCAGAAAUCGAAGGAAGAACAAUCAAGCAAGAAGUGAAGAAAAUCCUUACGCCUCCGUGGACUUGAGUAAAGGAGAAAAUAAUCCAGGAUUCCAACAUGCUGAUGAUGUUCAGACUUCAUUUUAGGAAAAUCUAUUUCCUCUUGAGG